AUGAACCGCCGAGGACAUCUAUCAACCAAGAUACCUUUGGUCAAACUUCGUCCUGUACCAGCAAGAAAUGCAAAAGGAAAGGCUAGAGAUUCUUCUCCCAUUGACGAUAGUGCCUUGCAGGAAUACUUGUGGAAAGAUGCCGAAGAUUCCGAAUUGACUAAUGUGGCUCUUCAGAAUGGAAGUAAACCGUGGAAAAAUGUUGUCAUCACUUUCACCGGCGUGGAAGAUAAAGUCCGACUAUCUGGUCUGGCCAGAGAACUCGGCGCACGAGUAGAAAGCGCCUUGACCAUCCAUGUAACUCAUAUAGUCGCCGUAGGAUUUACAUCCGAAAAAUAUCAAUACGCUCUCGAACAUAGAAUGCCUAUCAUGACCCCUCAAUGGAUAGAACAUGGUCAUGAGAGAUGGUUAGCCGGCGAAGAGUUCCUUCCUUCCGAAGACCUUUCAGAAUGGAAAUUGAAACCUUUCGCUGGACUCCGUAUCUCUAUCACUGGUAUAGAACCAGUGGAGAGAAGGAAAGAAAUUGUGGCAUAUGUCAACUCCAACGGCGGGGUGUAUUCCAAAGACCUGGAUCGACAUUGCACUCAUUUAAUCUCUGACAAAAUGACGAGCGAGAUGAAAUCUUCCGAUAAAGUCAAAUGGGCUCUCAAAGAAAUAAAAUCAAGAGAAGCGAGUAGAAGAGCGGGUAAGAAAUCGAAAGGAGAAGAUAUGAAAAUCGUAUAUGAAGAUUGGUUAUGGGAUUGCAUCGCCUACGAAGGGAGAUGGAAGGAAGAGAAAUAUGAUGCGAGAAAACCGAGAAGAACGGGAAAAGUCAAAGCUGAGGACGUGUUGAAUGGAACUGUGUUCAAAGACCCCGCCCCUGCGACUGUGGUCAAAGAAGAAGAACCAGAUGAACCAGCGGCAUUACGGAAACAAAAACGUGACGAUGGUUUGGACAUCCUCGUCGGUCAACUUUUGGAGACUAAAGAAGUUGUCAAGUGGAGUAAAACCCCUCUCGACGAUCUCCAUGAGGUCACGCAAGACCCCUUACCACUAGACCCUCCCAUGCGAUCCGACUCUACUCGGGCUGACCCUUCCAGAAUACCCUCUUCGAAAAAACCAGAGAAAAGACCUUCGAUGCUUCAUGCAUCGCGAACUACAUCAUUUGCUCCCGGUUCUUCCAAAUCCCCUUUGUCGGCCAUCCCCCUUACCUCCUUGAACCCAACUGCAUCUUUUGCCGCCACUCAACCACCCAUCCCUGCCCAAGCAGCAGACAGCAAAGAGCAAGAUGGAAUACCUCAAAUUUUCUCUGGACUUACUUUCAGUCACACGAUCAUGGAACAUUACGAAGGUCUGGAAAAGGCUUUGACCGCUCAUGGGGGGACUUUAGCCUCUCAAAAGGACGAUAAUGUCGAUUUUGUGAUUGUCAGAUUAGCCAAUACGAAUAAACCAGAUUUACCCACGAACAGCCAAGCACAAGUAGUGACGGAAUGUUGGGUGGAGGGAUGUUGUUUUGAACAAAAAUUACUAUCGCCCAGCGAUCACUUAGUGUUUCGACCAUUAUCCGCGACAAUGCCGGUAAACGGCACGUCAAAUAUGCUCAUUCAUCUUUCUGGACAUUCGAGCGAAAAUACGGUUUACCUGAGACGGAUCAUCCGUGCCAUUGGGGCGACGUUAUCCGUCAAGCUGAAUCGUCAAACCACGCAUUUGGUCUGCGCAACUCCUUCUGGUCAAAAAUACGAAAAAGCCCUCGAAUGGGGCGUCUCAGUAGUCCAAAGUACUUGGUUGCUGACCAUGGCUGAGACUGGUAUAUUGGUCAAGGAUACGGAUCAUCGACAUUCUUCAGUCACAAAAGUAGAUUCGAACACGAACACCAAUCCUCAAUCGUCCACCGGUCAGUUGGCACUGGACCAGGUGCUUCGAGUCGGCGACGAACACGGCACCUCGCAAAGUUCAACUCUUGAUCCAUCACGAAAAUUGGGAUUGACACCGACUCAUAUUGGCGAUGGACUGGGUAGUAAUCCUGGGAGUGCGUCAGGGUCUGGACCGUUGCGUGAGAAAGGUAAUGGAAAGACAGUAUUGUCACAGUCAAACCCCGAAACGGAGAGAAAGUUGAAUCAGGCGGAUCAAACUAAUGAGGGUAUCUUAUUCGAGAGAUCUGCAAGUGGAAAGGAGAUAAGUUUAGAAGUGAAGUUGGCAAAAACAACUCCCGUAAACGUAGUGACGACACCUGUGACUAAAGUGAACGAAGCGUUGAAACAAUUAGCAGAAAUAGGUCAACCUUCAGGACAUAAAUCCAAAGCUAUCCGUCGCUCUCGACCUUCUUCGAGACUCAAACCCUCUCACACUCCAUUGACAACAUCCGUCUCACCUCACUCACGUUCACCCACAUCACCAGAUAUAUCAUUCGAUAUCACGGAUCCUAUCAUCGACCUGAAAACCACUACUAGAGAUCCUGAAGAGAGUGUUAGAUGGGAGGAUGCAGACCCGAAAGUUGUUGAUAAGUAUAAGAGAAUGCGCGAGGCGUUCGGUGGGAGUCCGAGGAAGAAAAGUAAAAUCAUCAAAGACGCCCUUAUCUCAUAUGCUUUGUUCCCGUCGCCGUCGGUUCAACCCUGA